AUGGGCCUCUGCUUGGCGCCGGCAAUGCUGCUGCUGUUGCUGGGGUCACCCAGCUCGGCCGCACGGAACCGAUGCUUGGACGCGGCCGAGGCGUGCACGGCGGACGCGCGGUGCCAGCGGCUGCGCACCGAAUACGUGGCUCAGUGCCUGGGUCGGGCCGCGUCCGGGGGCUGCCCCCGCGCCCGCUGCCGCCGCGCCCUGCGCCGCUUCUUCGCCCGCGGGCCGCCCGCGCUCACCCACGCGCUGCUCUUCUGCCCGUGCGUCAACGCCGCGUACGCCGAGCGCCGGCGCCAGACCUUCGUGCCCGCCUGCGCCUUCGCGGGGCCCGGCCCGGCACCGCCCUCCUGCCUCGCACCCUUAGACGCCUGCGAGGACAGCCGGAUCUGCCGGCCCCGCCUCCUAGCCUUCCAGGCCUCCUGCGCGCCCGCCCCCAGCGCCCCCGACGGCUGCCUGCAGGAUCAGGCCCCCGGCUGCCUGCGCGCCUACGCGGGCCUCGUGGGCACCGCGGUCACUCCCAACUAUGUGGACAACGCGAGCGCGCGCGUGGCGCCCUGGUGCGAUUGCGGAGCCAGCGGAAACCGGCGUGAGGAGUGCGAAGCCUUCCGGGGGCUCUUCACCAGGAACCGCUGCUUGGAUGGUGCCAUACAGGCCUUUGAUGCUGGGUGGCCUCCAAUCCUGCAGGACCAGCCAGAUGUCCACCAGGACCCUGAGCACAGCCUCCUGCAAGUGUCCUCCGCAGAUGGGCUCCUGGUUGGAAGCUCCCUGCUCUCCAUGCUCCCUGUCCUGGCUCUGCAGCCCCUGCUCUGA